AUGCUGUUCACCAAACUCUUUCUCUCUGGCCUGAUGGCCGCCGGCUUUGUCUUUACCCUUCCUGUGGUAGAGAUUUCUGAUGUUCAGGUACGCGAGGCUCAAGGUGGACCAGGCGGUCCUGGGGGUGCUCCAAAGAAUACUGGACCUCCUGUCCAAGGACCUGGACCUCUUCAGACUGGCCCCCCUUCCAACCAAGGACCUGGACCCGCUCAAACCGGUCCAGCUGGCGGUCCAGGCAAACCUCCUGUGACAGUACAACCUAAACCAACGCAGAGUUUCAAUCAAGGGCCUCCACCACCGCCUCCAUCCACCACUGGAGUUCCACCGCCUGUAUUUGCAACCCCACCUGCAUUCACCCAAGUUGUCACCAUUACGGUGUACUAGGCUUGCUUAGUGCAGGUACUCGAACUCGAUUCGCAAUGGAGGAAACGAAAGGAGGGGCACGGUUCUUGUCAAUGAGGUGUGAUUGAUUUGGGGUGGUUGUAUGAUUCUUGUCUGUCGCUACUUUUCUGUGUGUUCUUCAAUGAAAUUAUUUUCCAAGUUGGGUCAAUAGCUCGUUGUUUGUGUACUGUACAGUGUACCCCCUUGAUUAUAUGUUAAUUUCUUGCCAUUCGAUUAUCUUAUGUUAGCUUGAAAAGCAAAGAACUUAUGCUGCUUUGAAGUGCUUGAUUGUUGACAGGCU